CGCGUAACGCGGCUGCUGGAUGGGGGUGUUUCAUCCAUAAUGAGGUUAAUGCGAUGCUGGAGAAGACUGAGUUUGACUGUAAUAAGAUUGGGGAUUUUUAUGACUGUGGGUGUUCUGGGGAGGAGGAGGGAGAGGGAGAGGGAGAUGGAGAUGGAGAUAGCGUCUCGCCGAAGAAGGAGAGGGAUGCAGUAGGCGCUGGGAAUCCGCCUGAGGAAGGGCAAUGAAGGUGAGAAUCCACGGGACUAUUCGUGUUCGCCCUACCUGUUCUAUGUUCCUUGCGUCUUCCCCGCACGACAGGCUGCUGACCAGACGGCGAUCAUCAGGACAUUCGUACUUUUUCUUCCUUUCUUUCUCUUUCUCUCCCUUUCUUUCACCUUAUUUCUUCCUUUUUCUCUUCUCAGCCAUUACCAUCC